GUGCGGGAUUGGACCUCGCACCCGCUUGGGCGACCGCUGGGCCGCUCGUGUCUCAGCGAUGCGCCAUCCGCCGGCGGCAGACCCGCAUGCCGUCGCCCGCUUGCUCAAUGCAGUGGCGGAUGUGAAGGCCCAUGAAGGUCGUAGGCCCGUCGCCGCAACAGACACCGACCAUGUGAACGUUCUGACGGCUUUUCUGGAUUCGGCUCUGCCCCUGCCCGCGGCCGUUGCUUUGAGCGCAGCCAUGACGGCUACAUCACGUCGGCAACGCAAUCGGCGUUGUUGGAAACAUUCGCGGGUGGCCGCGGCGCCUCGACUGCGCAGCGCCGGAAUGUCCGCAAGAAGCCCCAAAGAGGCCGUCGUCAGCACGGAGCCGCCACAGGCGGGGUUCUGCGGCGGUCGUCGACCGCGACUUCGGGAGCUGUGGUGUUGGUCAGCCAUUGGGCUUGAUCGCCUCCCAGACAACUUGGAUCCAGGCCCGCUCAAGGACGAACCCCCGUCGUGCCAGUAG